ACAACAAUUUCAAUUUGACUGCUUGCAUCGAGAUUAAUUGUAAUUUAUUGCCACGACUUAUUUAAAUACAAAAUAGAAAUAUUGUGAUUAGAUUUUGCUUUUGUUUUUAUGUAAAUCUACUAUAAUCUACAGUUAUGGUCAGAACGGUCUACACUCCUGAAUAUUGUCUGCAAUAUUUGGAACAAUAUGCCUCUCAGGAAAACUUUGUUUUGGGGUUAAUAUUGGGCCAGAUAACAGAGGCUCGUGAAAAUAUAAUUCAUUUAGCACGGACGCCCGAAGAGAAAAGUUCCGAGUCGAGUUCAGAGGCUAGUUAUGCGUCUGAUAAACCUGAGUCCGCCCGAAAUUUAUUGGGAGUAUCCGAGGCAUGGGUAGCAGACCACGCGAAACAUGUCACGCGCAUGUUACCUGGAGGAAUUUUUGUUCAGGGUAUUUUCAUUACUAGUGAUGAAGACAUCUUUGAAGAUCCCAACUACUUCAGCAAAGUUAAAUCAGUAUUAAACUAUACCUAUAAAGCUCUUAGUGGUAACCAGUACAUGUACGCCAACUAUCCACAUUCCAACGAAAGACUUAUAUUACACAUGUCAACUAAUACAAAAGUAUUAACAUGUAAAAGUAUUGAAGUAGGUUCUGGUAAAUCCACUGCUAUUAAGAAUGUUGAGUGGAAAUUUGUAGCGAAACCUCAACAAUGGCAGAGACUAGACUGUUACUAUGAAUUUGAUGAUGUCUAUCCAGUGGUUGUUAAGAAGAGUGGAAUAUCAGUUAAACACCAAUUUCAGCAAAUUUUAGAGUCUGCACAUAAAACAAUUGAAUCUAGUGUAAUGUUCAUUGAUGGAGAACUGAAGGAUGGCUCUGAAGCUUUGGAGCAACUUAUAAAAAAGAAAAGACCCAAGAAUAGUGCUAAAUCUGCACAAGAAAUACCCAAAUCAAUGCAUGUAUCAUUGUUUGUACCAUUUGAAAAUAGCCUCCCAGAAACAGUUGAAUACCUUGAAUGCGAUGGCAGCAUACAUUUUAGUGGUGUUGUUUCAUCAAGUGUCUUCAUGUAUCCGAAAGCCACAGUUAGUGAAACCAUUGCUGCAGUUAAGCAGGAUAUUAUCCGAUCCUUAGCUUCCCGCUUCACAAUGCACUGUGACGCAUUGAUUGAUGACAAUUUGCUGCCUGAAGAAAAAGUAUGCUUUAACGAGCCACCAAGACGUGUUUUAGUACCGGUUGGGUCACUCUACCUGUGCGACUAUCUGUUUCCUGGGGAGGCACCUGCUGAAGCUCUGCUGUCAGUUAAAGAGCUUCUGGAUUUGCAAAUCACGGAGGCUGAUGUUGUUUGUGAUGUUGAAACACCUGCCGAUACUUCAGAGUUUGAUGCUCUAGAUAGGGAUGCGAGCAGCGAAGAACUUUUGGCGACGCCGCUAGAAGCCAGUCAGUUUAUGUACAUCACAGGCAUUUGCUUUGCGAUGUUUGUUCUCAUAGUUUCAAUAUUCAUUCAUUAUUAUGAUACGAUUGCAUUAUGUAUUUUUAAACUACUUGCUAGGUCCUAAAUAAAUAUUAUGAUAUAUAUAUAUAUCUACUGAAAAAUAAGACUUGUUUUGUGUUGCUUACAGUUCUGACUAUAUGAUUACAGUACUCAUUAUAUUAUAUAACAAUUUUAAAUCGUGAUUUAUCUAUACUAAUUUGCACCUGUUUUGUACAGAUACAUGCCGUGUAAUUUAAUAUGCAAGAAUUAAAUAAUUAUUUUUUUUA